GUCUUUGGCUAAGAAAAAGCAGGAAUCAGUCCGUACAGAGAGGCACUCUGGACCGUGAACCAAGCUUCCUGUAACAGCAAGUAGAUCUUACUGUGACUUCCGGUUGGGCUAUCUGAAGGAGGAGUCGAUUCGAAGCUGGGUGCGGACCUCUUUGUUCAACUGAGGGAGGCAUUGCAGCCCUGUGGUGCUUGAAGGCCACCCUCCAUAAGCUUUCUCUGGGCACUUAUUGGAAAACAAAUUACAAUGUCCCACAUUCAGAAGCAUGAUCAAGGCUAUGAGGGCCAGCUACCGGAGGAGGUUCCUGCAACUAAAGAGGUGGGCACCUUGGAGAAGGUAGCUGCUGCAGAGGAUUCCCAGAAAACCUCUGCUUCCAUCCAAGCCUCUGGAUCAAGCAAAGCAAGUAAAGCUUCUGGUGGUCAAGCAGAGGGAGGUCAAAGUGCCUCAAAGGCUUCCCUAUACUCCAAGGUUUUGCUCCACAGUAAGCUUCGGAAGAAGGUUACCGAUUUGGUGAAGUUUCUGAGUUUCAAGUAUAUAACAAAUGAGCCUGUCACGGAAGCAGAAAUUCUGAAGAAUGUGGUUAAGGAGCACAAGGGCUACUAUGCAUUGAUCUUCCAGCAUGCCUGUGAAUGCAUGGAAGUGGUCUUUGGCAUCGAAGUAAAGGAAGUGGAUGCCUUGAAUCACACCUACAUGCUCAUGAAAAUCCUUGACCUCACCUAUGAUGGGCGGAUCAGCAAUGAAGAGGGGAUACCCAAGACUGGCCUCCUGGUACUUGUCCUUGGUGUAAUCUUCAUGGAAGGCAACCGUGCCACUGAGAAGAAGAUCUGGGAGGUGCUGAAUGUUGUUGGUGUGCAUCCUGACCAGCAUGAUUUUAUAUGCGGAAAUCCCAGAAAGUUCAUCACCGAAGAUUUGGUGUUGGAGAAUUACCUGGUGUACCAGCCUAUACCCAACAGUGAUCCUCCGAGUUAUGAGUUCCUGUGGGGCCCAAGGGCCAAAGCUGAAACAAGCAAAAUGAAAGUCCUGCAGUUUUUCUCCAAGGUUGCUGGGAGUCACCCCACUUCCUUCAGGGCUUUGUAUGAGGAAGCUCUGAAAGAUGAAGAAGAGAGAGCCCGGUCUCUGCUUGCCUCCACAACCAUUACUACAGCAGUGGACAAUUCAGGUUCUGGGAACAAACCCAGCGGUGUCUCCCACUCUGAGUAAAUUAGGGUGGCUCUGAGCAAUCAAGCCUUCAAAUAGAAGAGAUUUAGUUUCUUUUUGCUUUCUGUACUGUUUUAGAUGUUUCUCUUUAAAAGAUUUAUUAGCUUCAGAGUCUAGAUUCAUUCAUGGUACUCUCACCCAUUUGUUACUGAUUGCUGGAUUUCAGAAUAAGAACCUUGCUGUUGUUAAAAGCAAAUUGAAAAUGUUUUCAGCUUUGAGACCUAGUAGCAUUGUAACUGAAAGGGAAAAGUAGUUAAAUAGUAUCAGUAACUGCAAGAAAGGUGUGAAAAAAUGGUUAAUAGUGGAAUUCCUGCAUUCUGUUAGUCUGCAUUGUGAAACUAAAGAUGUGCACUUCACUUACUUAGUUUAGUCAAAAAUGCAUGAGAAAUUAAAGCUUAAUAAGCUGUACUGACUCGU